AAGCAGAAAAUACCUUCUGGGUCGGAAAGCAUCUGUCAUUUCUAAUCCUGCGAGUGAAACAGCUUUCGUCUACUCCAACGGACUGUUUGCAUCACACUUCAAAGACCCAUUGGCUUCCACAAAAGACUACCCAAUGCAUGAAAUAAACACAAUAUCAUCCCAUGUCGAGAAAAAAUCAUCAGCUCCAUCGGCGCAACCUCUAGGCAUGUAUUUAAGAAGCAUCUUGGAACGAGAUACGGAUCGAUACCAGGCACUUGAGAAGGAAUCGGACUCGGAAGAAGAUGAUAGGCAAGAUUCUUCUACAUGCAAUGCUGACAUUGUAAUCAUAGAUCAAAACUACUGGCGAACUUAUCCACGAGAAGCAGAAAUAAACAAAGACAGACUUAACUUCAUAAGUGCUCACAAGUUUCGUUUAAACUCUGAACUGGAAGACUACUUGUCAUCUGAUCCUGAAAACGAAGAUUCAAUCAACAAAGUCACAGAAAAAUCAUUGUUGAUUAGUGAUGCGAAAAAAGACAUUGUAAAACCUAUUGUAAAUGAACCACCCGCCUUUCAGGAGCGGAAAAUUAGUGUUGCCGAUGAGACGAGAUAUUCAAAAAGCUGUCAGACAUACGAGGAAAGUUCUAUUGCAUACAGUAUCGAAUCCACUAAACCAAUUGAAAUCAAGGAAAAUGUUUCUGUCCACCAGAAAUUCAAACCGAUUGAAGAUGAUUCCAAGUCUCAAAGGAAACCACAGCGCGAUGAAAGUCAAACAAAUCUUACGGAUUCUGACUACCCAAAAAUCACGAGCAGCUCAGAGUCUCAGAAUUCAGCAAAACUGAGUCGCAAUGUCUCAGCUCGAACCCGAAGUGGCCGAGAAAUCGAAGCCGACUCGCAUCAAUCGGACUUCGAAUACCUCAAAAACCGACUGAAGUCGACAAUGAGUUCACGAGUUGACUCGGAGAUCUCGCUUCACAGACAACGACCGAUGAGAAGAAAUAAGAAGAAAGUCUUAAUUGACCCUCACAUUUCCAAAAUUGGGCUCAGUGACCCCGAAAACUAA